GGAUCACCGGGUUCCAAGACCAGCGGCUAGAUGUGGUGCCUGGAGCGGCUCCUGCGGAACCGAGACGGGUUUCUCCCCGGGCGCGUCCGCCGCACCAAAGCGCAAUCGUCCGCAGCGUGCGGAAACGUGCUCACUCCUGACCGCAUCCCAGAGUUCUGCAUCCCACCGAGACUGGAGCCUAGCACGACCUGGGCUGCGCUACGUGAUGCCUGUGCUGCGGAUGCGGAGACGGACGACCACGCGGGUCGCACCGACUGGGAUCCGCGCUCACAAGCCGCGCUCUCGCUGCCGCACCUGCCCCGCGCACGCACCGCCUACGGCUUCUGCGCGCUGCUCGAGAGCCCGCACACGCGCCGAAAGGAGUCGCUCUUCCUCGGCCACCCAGGAGUUCCCCGGCCCGGACUUCGCCGCCGCGCGCACACCUACGCAAGUCCGCGCCGCGUCCCGGACGCCCCGCGCCCCGCGCCUCGUAACCUAGAUGCCUCCCGGGUCCUGCCGCCCACUCCUGCUCCCCGUAGACACCGCCUCCUGCGCGUCCCCGAUGGGCUGCUGAGCCGCGCGCUGCGGGUCCCUCGAGGUCGGGCCGGUGCGCGCCCCGCGCCCAGUGGAGACAAACAGGAGAGCGCCGCCUCCUGCGCGCCCCCGGACCCCACCGGCCCGGAUCCCAAGCGCCUGCAAGCCGAGGCUAGCGUGGCUCUGGGCCGCGGGGAUUGCACGCUGCACCUGGCCGCCGAGUACUGUCCACGCAGCGCGUGUCUCCGCCUCCGCCUGCUGCGCGCUGAGGGUCCGGCCGCCGCGCUCGAACCCCGAGCCCUGGGCUGCCGCCUCAGCCUGGUGCUGCGGCAGUCGGGCCAGCAGCGCGCCAGCGUUCUCCACCGCAGCCGCAAGGCCGCCCUGGAUCAGGACUGCUGCUUUGAUGGGCUCUCGGAGGAGCAGCUGCGCCGCCUGGCCGUGCGCAUCAAGGUUGAGAGCAAGGGCCGCAGGCUGGAGCGUGGAAGGCGGCUGGGCCAGGGUGAGCUGCUGCUGGGCUCGCUACUGCUGCUCUGAGCCCUGAUUCCGUGGGGCCAUGGACACUGAAGGUCUCUUGGACCUGAGAUGCUCACACUCUUGGCCCUGGGACACUUGGAGACAGUCUUAGCUUUUGGUCCUGGAACACUCACAGCCUCUUGGCUCUUGAACCCUUCAAAGUCGCUUGGCUCUGAGACACUCCCAACUCUUGAACCUUGAGAGUCGCCUUAUCCUGGCACACUCACAACCUCUUGGCUCUUGGACAUGGAUAAGCCAUUUGUACAAAAUAAACAUGUCUUUGUUUUUCUAAUCAUGGCUUUGUUUCAAUCAAAUCCUGGCAGAAAUGAUCCUAGAUUAUCACAGUAACAGAUGUAACUUAUUUUUGUGUGGGCAGACACCUUGAAAUUUCGGUUGAGCA